UUCUUUCUUUUUGAAAUUUUCUCGUCUCCUUUUUUGAGUUGUGGCUCUCAUCCAAGGCAGAAGCCCUCUUGAAGACUUGGCUCCCGACAAACGCUCCCACUCCAUCCCUCCUUUCCGUGACUAGCUCUUCCCCUGUUCUCUCUGACCGAUCCAAACGAACCAUGCAUGUCCUAAUCACCAAUCUCUAGAUCUCCUUCCUUCUGCAUUGGCCCGGCCGCCUCACUCCACCUGUGUGUCAGUCCGUGCACGGCAGAACAUGGCUGACACAGCUCGUCACCCAUUGCUGAUCUUGCUUGCCGUUGUGGCCGCUACCGCGAUCAUCGUGGCCAUCAGUGUGGCUGUAGUGUUGUACCACAAAAGGAACAAGAGGAAGAAGAACAGGGAGCUCAGCGACGCCGGGUCACGCACGUCUGCAAGGUGGUUGCCGCAAUACAACUCUUACGCCGUUGGUAAGUCGUUCACAUUCGAGGAGAUAAGGGAGGCAAGCAGUAAUUUCGCACAGUCGCUGGUGAUCGGCGUGGGCGGCUUUGGGAAAGUGUUCUGCGGCGUCGUGGACGACGGUACCAAGAAAGUGGCCAUCAAGCGGUGGAACCCGUCACCGGAGCAGAGCAUGCACGAGGUCCAGGCGAAGAUCGAGGCGCUGUCCAAGCUGCAGCACCCGCACCUUGUCUCCCUCAUUGGCUUUUGUCUGUUUAAGAAGGAGAUGAUCCUCGUGUGGGAAUACAUGGAGCACGGCACGCUUCGGGAGCACCUGUACAACAACAGCGGCAAGCCGGUGCUAUCAUGUUCAUGGCGGCACCGCCUCCACAUGUGCAUCGGUGCCGCGCGGGGCUUGCACUACCUCCACACCGGCGGCAUCAUCCACCGGAACGUCAAGACCACCACCAUCCUCAUCGACAAGAAUUGGGUCGCCAAGGUGUCGGACUUCGGCUUCCCCAAGUCCGCCCUGACCAGGGCGAGCCAAAUGCACCUCAGCACCAGUCAUGUCAACGGGAGCUACGGAUACACUGACCCGGAGUAUUUUUGUCGGGAGCAGCUCACUGACAAGUCAGACGUCUACUCCUUCGGCGUCGUGCUCUUCGAGGUGCUUAUGGCAAGGACGGCGCUGAACCCGGCGCUGCCAAGUGACCAGGUCAGCCUCGCCAAUUACGCGCUUGCCUGCCAGCGGAACGGCACCCUGCCGGACGCCGUCGACCCGGUGAUCAAGGACGAGAUCACGCCAGAAUGCCUCGAGAAAUUCGCCGAGACGGCCGUGAAGUGCCUCGCUGACCAAGGCAUGGAGCGGCCUACCAUGGGGGGCGUGUUGUCCAACCUAGAGCUGGCGAUGCAGCUGCUUAAUUCCAUGCCGAUGCAAAAUAAACCACUGAUACAACAAAAUCAUAUGUUGUAUGUGUAGUGGUUUUUGCACUUAUUUUAGCGGAUUUGCUAAUUCACUGUAGGUAGCAGCUUGAAUUUUGAAAUUGUGUUAGUCGAUUUCUUGACGUAUUUUUUCUGGACUGUUUUUGUGAGCUGGUUUGGCCCGCUUCUUUCUUAGGAAACUUCAUUAUUUUGAUUUUGUUUGAAUUUUAUUUUAUUUUCUUACUUUUUAAGGGUAGAGAGUGGUUUUCUACACCCAUCCUUGGUGCACCCACAGUGCAUCCACGCAAGAAAACAUACCAAAACAUUUUGAAAAAAUCUGAAAAUUUGUGGGAAUGAUCAUCAACAAAUGUUAAAGAGGCUUGCCAAGUUUGGUGGUCAAAUGACAUCGGAGGAGCUCUAUAUGUCUUCUUGCGUGGGUGCACCGAGGGUAGGUUCAACCACUACUUUUCCUAAAGGUUAAUACCAAUGCCACUACCUUAUAAAACUUCAUUAUUUUGAUAUUGAUUUUGUUUUUGUUAUUAUUUUAUUUUCUUUCUUUUUAGUCAUAAUACCAAUGCCUCUAAUUCAUUCCUUC